AUGUUUAAGAAGUUUACUAAAGAGGAAGUUCACUCUAGUUCAAACAUUAAGUCCUCUGUUCAAAGGGGUUUAAAAGCUAAAUUUGUUUCUCAGUUCAAAGACUUGGAACCUGCUAUUGAUAAUGUCAUACCAAAGAAGUCUCAAGCAGUGGUAAUUAAAUGUGAAGACAAAGUACAGCUAUACUCUGUGGACAACGAAGUAGUUCUUUUUCAAAGAUUUGACGAUCUAGUUCCCACUUUGAAAGUUGUUCAUAAAUAUCCGAAUUGCUUCCCUUCAGUGCAAGUGGAUAGAGGAGCCAUCAAGUUUGUGAUGUCUGGCGCUAACAUCAUGUGUCCUGGAUUAACCUCCCCUGGAGCUAAAUUACCCGAUGAGUCGUUGGAAAAGGACACCAUUGUUACAAUUUAUGCUGAGGGUAAAGAAAAUGCAUUGGCCGUGGGCAAAUUAACGAUGAGUACUGAUGAUAUAAAGUCCAUAAAUAAGGGAAUUGGAAUCGAAUUAAUACAUUACUUGGGAGAUGGGUUAUGGAACUUUUCUCCGUAA